AUGGUGGCCCGUCACUCCCAGCUUGGGCCCGACAUUCCCUUGAGACCCCAGAAAGGCAAGAGGCCACAGACAGCAGGACUGGCCUUCGGAGUUCCCAGUCCAGAGGAGGAGGAUCCCAGGGUAAAGUGCAGGGACUGUGGGGCCUUUGGACACAAGGCAUCAAGCACCAGAUGCCCCAUAAAACACUGGGGCACAACCCUCAUUCCCGUGGCCUUGGGCUCCAGGAGGCUGAAGGAGAAUGUGGAGCCGGGGAGUCAGCGGGACCCAAGACACCAGGCUAGGCUGUUGGACCAGGCUGAGAGGGAGAAGACACAGAGACGAAGGCAAGAAGCCGAGCAGAGGAAGGCCCUGCUCCACAGGUUCCCCAGGAGACCCCGGGAGGGGCAGAAGUGCACCUGGAAGGAAGAAACGGAAUCGUGUGACUAUGUGAGGCGUCCACACAUGCCGAUGCCCGUCUACAACACCAGGAGGCCUUCUAUCCGUGAGCCUGCCCUGCUGAUGCAGCCACCGGACGGAGCCUGUGUCUGUGGCCCCUGGAGUGUCCUCCACGGUGACCUACAGGUGUCCUCAUCCUCAGAAGACACUGAGAGCGAAUGA